AUGACCUCGACAGCCAAAGUCACAAGCCCAAAUGGAAGAUUCUCUCGAAUACUCAGUAGGCCACGACGCCCGUGGAUGACUCGGGAGUACACACAAACGCUAAAGAAAAGCGACUGCGGCCAAACAAGCCACACAAACGUCGCCAAGUCGGAAAACUGUUGGCUAGCUUCAAGCACCCUUUCGGUGCCUAACUGCCAUGCCACCCGAAGGAGACGCGAGGGCUGGGAUACUCACACGUUGCCCAAGCCUGGACAGUCGAGAGGCAGAGGUCGGAUUCGAACCACGGACAUUUCGGUCAGCAAAUUCGCGCUCCAACCACUUGGGCCAUCUCGACCCAAUGUUACAAAUGACAGAUACAACAAGGAAGAUUUGGGCAGGAGUCGUGGCUUACAGGACCCUUGUAUUCAUCGUAAUCUAUCCAAUGAUCUUGGUUCCCGUUCCACUUUUGAAUCCCGGAGAAAUCACUCUUGUUUGAAAUCCGUCUCCUGCCCGGGUGCGAUCACUCGGUUUGUUCCAGACCAAUGUGUCGGUGUGAUGACCCCGACUUCGUUCCCAUUUCCGUUUAUUGGUAAUGCGAGAAAGGACCCUCCAGAUGUCUGGCACACGAGACCAGAGACUGCUGGAAGAAAGUCGACUGAGGGGCGGUGA